UUCGUUCGUCUUCAUUAUCUGCGAUUGACACCUCGUGAUAUUUGGCAAGAAAAAUGGGGGACGACGACAAGAAAAAGGACGAUGAAGACGACAGGCUCGAAUUCCUGUUGACCUAUCUCACGAAGUCUUAUAGACUGAAACAGGAGAAAUGGAACAAGAUGCUUGCCCUAGAGGAGAACAAGAAAAUGAUAUUGAACUUUUUCAACAAUCCUGAAGAGAAAAUGCUUUUUUUGACAAUACCUGCCACUGGCCUGCUCACUCCUUUGACACAGUUCAACAAUCUGAUCAAACAAAAAUUCACAUACUUCAUCAGAAAAAAGAAAGAAAUUGUCACGAUGCAAAAUUUUCGGGAAGUACUCACAUUUGGUGAUAUGGGCGGCAAACCAGUCGAUGAGCUGAUAGUUCUCAUGGAAGGAAUAUUUGUUCCAGUUUUAUCCAAUCCUCAGAACCAGAAGGGUUGGCCAAAAGUUGUCGCCGAAGAUGUGGUUUCGCAUGUACGAAACUUCAAAAACGUAGUUGAUCAGAUUAAAGGAGCCAUGAAGAGUCAAACCGUACUUCCAAUGCCUCAAGGAAUGUCCAUGGUAUUUCAUGCUGUCCAAGAGUAUCAAGAUUCCGAAGGAGAAAUAUUGAACUUCCAGCUGAAAUCUUCCCUUGAAAAUGCUGUAAUGAAAUGGUCUACAGUUUGCAAUGAGGUCUUGAAACAAUCUUCAACUCUAGCUUUCGCAAAUGGGGCCAACCCCACCCCAAAAAAUGAAAUGGACUUCUGGAUAGCUAGAAAUAAGAAUUUGGAGUCUAUUUAUGAUCAGCUUCGUGACCCUAGAGUAAAAAAAAUGGGCGAGUUUUUGGAAUUGACUAAUAGUAGCUAUACUUCCACAUUCAACACAUUGUUCAAAACUGUUGUGGCUGCACUGAUCGAAUCUAGAGAUAUAUGUAUGUAUCUAAAACCUUUAAUGCAACAAAUUAGUAAAUUUGAGGAGAACGAAUUUUUCGAAAGCGAACAGUUUAUCAAUCCUUUACUACACUGCGCAGGAUUGAUUUGGGCUAACUCGAGGUAUUAUUCGACAAAUGAUAAGAUUGUAGUGUUAUUCAAAAUGAUAUCAAAUAUGAUGAUUGAGUCUGCAGAUAGAAGUCUUGAUCCUAGCAAUAUAUUUCAAGGGGAUGCUGAAGAAAUUUACGCGAAGUUACAUACAAGUAUAGAGAUGUUCCAGAAAUUUCAGGACUCCUUUGAGUAUGUACGCGAAAAUUUGCCAUCUUACUAUAAAGAAUCAGCACCCGGAACUUCUGAAGAGGAUCCUGUGGUUCAGAAAGCUUGGACAUUCCAUCGAAGGAACGUCUUUCAAAGAAUGAUAGACUUCACUGACAGAUUGAGAAUAAUCGAAAAUAUACUUGGUACUCAGCUAGAGUUCUCCAAGUUAGAAAAAGUCGAGAUAGGAGGACUGAAUGGUAAAUUGUUGUCGAUGAAAUGCGAAGAAAUCUUUGAAGAAUUCAACAAGUUCUAUAACCUCUUCAAUAACAUUCAGUAUGAAGUAUUGGAUCUUACAGAUGACAGUAUCGUUAAAGAUGCAGAAAAAUUCACAGAAAAAUGUAUUGAUCUCGACAGACGAUUAGCAGCAAUAUUUUCCCAAGCAUUUGAUGGCUGCUCGAAUCUAGAAAGUAUCUUCAAGUUCUUGAAUGUUGUUGGAAAUUUGAUGAAUAGACCAAUAAUAAAUGCAGAAUUGGCUGUCAAGCUGCACACUAUUAUUGAUAUGUUCAAUUAUGAGCUCGCUACUGUGAAGAAACUUUAUGACGAAGGCAUAUCCGAAGGGAUACCUUUGAACAAAAAUUACCCAGAAAUAGCUGGUAGUUUACUCUGGAUAAGCAAAUUAAGACAAAGGAUUUCUCAGCCGAUUGAAGAUUUCAAGUUAUUGGAAGACGGUAUUGUCAAUACGGAAGAUGCCCUCCAGGUUUUCAAAAAUGCUGAUCAGUUGAUGAAUCUUCUCGAUAAUAAACAGAAAAUGAUCUUCGAGGAUUGGUGCAAAUACGUACCACAUCAAAUAGAAGAAAGCAUGUCUAAAUUCCAGAUAAUCAAACUACCAUCGAAACUCAUCUCUGUGAACUUUGAUAAAGAACUCCAAGCUAUUCUGAGAGAAGUAAAAUAUAUGAGGCUCAUGGAGAUUGCAGAUGUGCCAGAAGAAGCAAGGAAACUGUUUGCAGAUUCGGAAAACCUUUGGGCAUCUAUAAUGAAAUUCAAUAGAACUGUAGAAUGGUACAACUAUCUACGAACGAAUACUUCUCGUCAUGAAUUCAGUUUGAUAGAGCAUGAAGUUAAAAAUUUGGAUCAAUUAUUGGAGGAAGUCAUCAAUCAGUAUACAUGGUUUACGAAUGAACCUGGUACAGUGAAUGAAAUUUACCAGACCGUUAAACAACUGACUGAUAGGGUGAAGAAAGCGCAACAGAAUGUGAAAAAACUAUUCAGCAGCAUUAUCGAAUGGUCGGAAAAACCACUAUUCGAGAGAAAGGAAGGAAAAAAAGAAAAUCUCAUCUUUUUGGAUGACAGAAACGAAAGAGUUCAAAGAAGAAGAGACCAAAUAAUAGCAUGUUCACAAGAACUACAGCGAGUUGUGAAAGAAAACUACUUCCUGUUCUAUCAAGAGGAAAUGGAAGAGGAACAACCUGCUGAAGAACCUCCACCACCACCACCUCCACCACCAGAAAGUCCUAAAGAUAAGAAGGGCAAGAAAAAAGAAAAACCAGCGAAAGGAAAAGACAAGAAGGAGAAGAAACUAGUAAAGAAAACCGAUUCCGAAAUAGCCCGUGAAGAAGAAGAGGCUGCUUUGAAAGUUGAACAAGAGAAAAAGAGAAAAGAACGCAUGGCAUUAUGGAAACCUUACCUGAAGGAUCUUGAUAAAAAAAUACGAAAUCUCAUCAUAAUUGCCAUAGAUAAAAGUUUACAUUUCUUUCUAUCAGAAACUGGGGAAAUCAAACCUAUCACUCCAUUAUUUGAACUCCUGAUGGAACUCCACGAACCAAACAUCGUUUUCGUACCUUCUGCUGAUUUAGAAGAUCCUGUGAAUUUCUUAGUUCUUGUCGAAGGUUUGAUUGAUGAUAUUUUUUCAAUGGGAACCUACUUGGAUAGAGUGGACCCCGACGAAAGCGAUUAUAGCUACUGCGACGUGGCUAAGGAUGAGAUGGUGCUUCAAAUGAGGUGCGAUGAGAUAUUUCGAAAGAUUGCCAAUGGAAUGGAGGCUGCAUUAGAGUACAUAAAAGAAUAUGAAGAUUACGAGGUGUUAUGGUGUGACGACAGGCAGGAGUUCUUGAGACAAUUCCUCAUCUAUGGUCGACAGCUAUCGUUAGAAGAACUGGAUGUGUUGAAAGAUGAAACGCAGCCUCCAAUCAAAGAACAACCGCCUACAAUAGUCCAAUUCAAGGAGCAGAUUGACUAUUACGAAGAAUUGUACAAAAAAAUGGAACAAGUUCCUUACGAGAAAAUUCUCAUGGAUGGUUGGCUCAGAAUAGAUGUGAGACCUUUACGUCAAGCCAUUCUAAACACUAUUUGUAAGUGGGGUAACCUCUUCAAACAACACUUGUACAAUAGAGUCGUUGAUAGUCUCAAUGAACUGGAGAAUUUCAUUAAAGAAUCUAUAGCAGCUAUGCAAGUUCCUCUGAGUGAAGAUGAUUACGAUGGCCUUCUCAAGGUUAUGGGAUACCUAUUCAAGGUUAAAGAGAGACAGAUAGAGACGGACGCCAUGUUUGAUCCUCUGAAGCAGAUCAUGGAACUUCUGAAGGAAUAUAGUGUUGAAUUUCCUGAAGAGAUUCAUGUACAGCUGCAAGAAAUACCCGACAGAUGGAUUCAGUGCAAAAAGGUUGCUGCAUCCACAAAACAAACUGUUGGCCCGCUUCAAGCUCUUCAAGUCAACGCCAUCAAACGACGAAUCAACUUAUUUGAAAUCCGACAAAAUAUGUACAGGAAUCAAUUUAAGAAGAUGCCUUUUUUCCUAUGGCGUUGUCAACAUAUAUAUAAGAUUCUAGACAAAACGAAUAAAGAGCUCAAAGAGUUGGAAGUAGAACGAGACAAACUUUAUGAACAAGCUAAUCUGUUCGAAUUGACACUACCAGAAUUCAAGGCUUUGAAGCACAGUAGGAAGGAAGUUAAACAGAUCAAACAGCUGUGGGAUUACGUGAACGUAGUGAGAUCUUGCAUUGACGAAUGGAAGGAGACUCCAUGGAAGAAGAUUGAUGUGGAGAACAUGGAGAUGGAGUGCAAGAAGUUUGGAAAAGAAAUAAGGCAGAUGGACAAAGAGUUGAAAGGUUGGGAUGUCUAUAUUCAGUUGGAGGGCACUAUCAAAAAUAUGUUGACCUCUCUGAGAGCGGUGACAGAGUUACAGAAUCCAGCGAUCAGAGAUAGACAUUGGAUUCAACUCAUGCAAGCAACGAAGGUUCGAUUCGUUAUGGACGAAGGAACUACACUCAGUGACCUGCUAGAUUUGAAUCUUCAUGAAUAUGAAGAUGAAGUCAAGAACAUUGUCGACAAGUCUGUGAAAGAGAUGGCUAUGGAAAAAGUACUGAAGGAAUUGAACGCAACUUGGAAUAUUAUGGAGUUUGGAACGGACGUUCACGAAAGAACUAAGUUACGUCUUCUUCUAGUCAGUGAAGAGGUAAUAGAAACUCUAGAAGAGAAUCAAGUAGCUUUACAGAACAUGAUGACAUCUAAAUUCAUAGACUUCUUCCUAGAAGAGGUUUCUGAUUGGCAAAAAAAAUUAUCCAAUGCUGACCAAGUCAUACAAGUAUACUUUGAUGUACAGAGAAAAUGGAUGUACUUGGAAAGUAUCUUCAUUGGCUCUGAAGAUAUCAGGAGUCAACUACCUGAAGAUUCCAAGAGGUUUGACAGGAUAGACAGAGAUUUCAAAGACGUCCUUAAUGAAAUGCUAAAAACUCCAAAUAUCGUCAAAGCUACAAGUAAACCUGGAUUAUACGAUAAGCUCGAAUCAAUUCUGAAAGACUUGACUCUUUGUGAGAAAGCAUUGAAUGAUUAUUUGGAAACAAAAAGGCUUGCAUUCCCCAGGUUUUAUUUUGUAUCAUCAGCUGAUCUUCUGGAUAUCUUAUCUAACGGUAAUCAACCAGACUUGAUUCAAAAACACUUGACGAAACUCUUCGAUUCCCUUGCAAAGCUGAUUUUUAUCCAAGAAGGGGGUAAAAACAGCAAGAGAGCCAAAGCAAUGAUUUCCAAAGAGAACGAAGAAGUUGUACCAUUUGUAAAUAUAUGUGAUUGCAGUGGAAAAGUUGAAGUAUGGUUGAAUAGAUUGAUAGAUGUUAUGAGAGCUACUCUACAUCAGUUAUUUGGUGAUGCUGUUGUAUCAUAUGAUGAGAAACCAAGAGAAGUAUGGAUUUACGAUUUUCCUGCCCAACCAGCACUAUGUGGUACCCAAAUAUGGUGGACGACAGAAGUGAAUAUGGCAUUUGCAAGACUAGAAGAAGGGUAUGAAAAUGCUCUGAAAGACUAUCAACGGAAACAGAUCAGCCAGCUGAAUGCCCUAAUUUAUCUUUUAUUGGGCGAUCUCACUGCUGGCGAACGACAGAAGAUCAUGACCAUUUGUACGAUCGACGUGCAUUCAAGAGAUGUUGUUGCGAAAAUGAUAUUGAUGAAAGUAGAAAAUUCUCAAGCCUUUCAAUGGCAAAGUCAGCUCAGGCAUAGAUGGGACGACAAACAAAAGGAUUGUUUCGCGAAUAUCUGUGAUGCUGAGUUUCGGUAUUCUUAUGAGUAUCUGGGAAACACACCAAGACUCGUAAUCACACCACUGACUGAUAGAUGUUACAUAACAUUGACGCAGAGUCUCCAUCUCAUCAUGGGAGGUGCACCUGCAGGUCCAGCCGGAACAGGGAAAACUGAGACUACCAAAGAUCUGGGCAAGGCUCUUGGUAUUAUGGUUUACGUAUUCAACUGCUCAGAACAGAUGGAUUACAAGUCCAUUGGGAAUAUAUAUAAAGGACUGGCACAAACAGGGUGCUGGGGAUGCUUUGAUGAAUUCAACAGGAUUUCGAUAGAAGUGCUCUCUGUUGUUGCUGUACAGGUUAAAGUUAUACAGGAUGCUAUCAAGGACAAGAAGAAGCGGUUCAUGUUUCUUGGAAGUGAUAUCGGACUGAUACCCAGCAUCGGCUUGUUCAUCACAAUGAAUCCUGGUUAUGCGGGAAGAACAGAACUACCAGAAAACUUGAAAGCCCUCUUCCGUCCAUGCGCCAUGGUAGUGCCAGAUUUUGCGUUGAUUUGCGAAAUCAUGUUGGUGGCGGAAGGUUUCCUCGAAGCCAGACUGCUCGCAAGAAAAUUCAUCACCCUGUACACUCUAUGCAAGGAACUGCUGAGCAAGCAAGACCACUACGAUUGGGGCUUGAGGGCCAUCAAGUCUGUGCUGGUGGUGGCUGGAUCUUUGAAGAGGGGAGAUAGGCAGAGGCCAGAGGAUCAAGUUCUGAUGAGAGCCUUGCGAGAUUUCAAUAUACCAAAAAUUGUGACAGACGAUGUUCCCGUCUUCAUGGGGUUGAUUGGAGAUCUGUUUCCUGCUCUGGAUGUGCCCAGGAAACGUGUUAUGGAAUUCGAGAAGAUGAUCAAGAAAACUGCGGUUGAUCUGAAAUUACAGCCAGAGGAUGGAUUCAUACUGAAGGUGGUACAGUUGGAAGAACUUUUUGCUGUGAGGCAUUCUGUUUUCAUCAUUGGCUACGCAGGUACCGGCAAAUCGAUGGUUUGGAAGACGCUGAAUCGGACGUACGCCAACCAGAAGAGGAAGCCGUUCUACAACGACCUCAACCCGAAGGCAGUCACCAAUGACGAGCUGUUUGGCGUCAUCAAUCCUGCCACCAGAGAAUGGAAAGAUGGGUUGUUCUCCGUGAUCAUGAGAGAACAGACUAAUUUGUCAGGAGAUGGACCAAAGUGGAUUGUUUUAGAUGGUGACAUAGACCCGAUGUGGAUCGAAUCUUUGAAUACUCUCAUGGAUGAUAACAAAAUUCUGACCCUGGCGAGCAACGAACGAAUUGCCCUGACCCCGGCUAUGAGACUGCUUUUUGAGAUAGCUAAUUUGAGGACAGCAACCCCAGCUACGGUAUCCAGGGCCGGAAUUCUAUAUAUCAAUCCUGCAGAUUUGGGCUGGAACCCCUUUAUAGCCUCUUGGAUAGAUACAAGAGAAGUUCAAAGUGAAAAAGCUAACCUCAUGAUUUUGUUCGACAAGUAUGUUCCUCCGUGUUUAGAUGCAGUAAGGAACAAAUUCAAGAAGAUCACUCCCAUCUCCGAUAUCGCUCAUCUGCAGAUGUUAUGUUUGCUACUGGACUGUUUCCUGACACCUAUAAACGUACCUCCGGACUGUCCCAAAGAUUGGUAUGAGAUAUACUUUGCAUUCUCUGUUGUUUGGGCUUUCGGUUCAGCUCUCUUCCAAGAUCAAAUCAUAGAUUGGAGAAACGAAUUCAGCAAAUGGUUUACCAACGAGUUCAAAACGGUGAAGUUUCCACUCGGUGGAAAUGUCUUCAGCUACUAUAUCGAAGAAGAAACCAAGAGAUUUCUUCCAUGGACCGACUUGGUACCUGAAUUUGAGCUUGAUUCUGAUAUUCCAUUACAAGCUACUCUGGUCAAUACUGCUGAAACAACUAGAGUGAGAUUCUUCAUGGACCAUUUGAUGAAUAAAAAGGCACCUGUAAUGUUAGUCGGACCUGCUGGGAGUGGCAAAACGGUUAUGGUUGCUGAAAAACUGGGAAAACUCUCAGAGAAUUAUGCUGUCAUGAAUGUUCCGUUCAAUUUUUACACAACCUCUGAGAUGCUUCAAAGAAUCCUAGAGAAACCAUUGGAAAAGAAAGCUGGACGAGUCUAUGGCCCACCUGGCAGCAAAACAUUAAUCUACUUUGUUGAUGAUAUGAACAUGCCAGAAGUAGACAAAUAUUUCACUGUCCAACCACAUACUCUUAUACGACAGUUCAUGGACUAUCAACAUUGGUAUGACAGACAGAAACUCACUCUGAAAGACAUCCAUAAUGUUCAGUUUGUAUCAGCUAUGAAUCCAACAGCAGGUUCCUUCACAAUAAACCCGAGACUGCAGAGACAUUUCUGUGUAUUCGCGGUGAGUUUUCCAUCGCAAGAUGCAUCAUAUCAUAUUUACAAUUCCAUUUAUAGUCAGCAUGUGCAUGAUACAACUAAAAAGUUCAAUAUCAACAUCGGUAAGUUGUGCCCAACCGUGGUGCAAGCUGCUCUUGCCCUUCACCAAAAAGUUGCAACUACGUUUUUGCCAACCGCAGUCAAGUUUCACUAUACCUUCACUUUAAGGGAUAUGUCGAAUAUAUUUCAAGGAAUGCUCUUUGCUUCCGGAGACGCUAUACAUAAUCAGACUGACUUCAUAAGGUUGUGGAUGCACGAAGCUAGCAGGGUUUAUAGAGACAAACUGGUUGAGCGAAGAGACAUCGACACAUAUAACAAGUUAGUUAUAGAGGUGGUCAAAAAGAGUUUCGAAGAGUUAGACGAGAAUUCGGUAUUCGCAGUACCUCUCAUAUACUGUCAUUUUGCUGAAGGAAUAGGAGAUCCGAAAUACUUUCCAAUAGUUGACUUCAAUCAUUUAAGUCGCUUGCUCAACGAUGCGCUAGGAGGCUACAAUGACCUCGUAGCUGCUAUGAAUCUGGUACUUUUCGAAGAUGCCAUGUAUCACAUUUGUCGAAUAAAUCGUAUCAUGGAAGCACCUAGAGGUAAUGCUUUACUUGUCGGCGUAGGAGGAUCUGGAAAGCAGUCUCUUACUAGACUGGCAGCAUUUAUUUCUUCCUUUGAAGUUUUUCAAAUCCAACUGAAAAAAGGUUAUUCAAUGAACGAUAUGAAAGCCGACAUAGCUGCUCUAUACUUGAAGGCAGGACUCAAAAGUGUUGGCAUAGUUUUUCUGAUGACAGAUGCUCAAGUACCAGAAGAAUCGUUCCUAGUACUUGUCAAUGACAUGCUUGCAUCUGGAGAAAUAAGUGAGCUUUUGCCAGACGAAGAUGUAGAGAAUGUUAUCAGUGCUAUGAGAGGUGAAGUAAAAGGAGUUGGAUUGCAAGAUACUAGGGAGAAUUGUUGGAGAUUUUUCAUUGAUCGAGUAAGGAGGCUAUUGAAGAUUGUAUUAUGUUUUUCACCAGUAGGCACUACCCUGAGAGUUCGAUCGAGAAAGUUCCCCGCUUUAGUGAAUUGUACAUCUAUCGAUUGGUUCCAUGAAUGGCCAAAAGAAGCAUUGCAAUCAGUAUCAAAAAUUUUUCUGUCUGAAAUAGAAGUCUUGCCAAAAUCGCUGGUAGAUUCGGUUUCAUAUUUCAUGUCAUACGUUCAUUCGAUAGUGAACGAAAUGUCACAAGUGUACCUGACGAAUGAAAAACGAUAUAACUAUACCACACCAAAGUCAUUCCUGGAACAAAUUGACUUAUACUCGAAGCUGUUGACAGAAAAAACCCUCGAUAUAAAGGGCAAUAUCGAGAGAUUAGAAAACGGUAUAACAAAACUGGCAUCUACAUCUCUAGAAGUGGAUGGGCUCAAAGAAGUACUUGCAGUACAAGAAGUAGUACUUGGUGAAAAAAAUGAAGCUGCUUCUAAGUUGAUCGCUGUAUUAUCAGCUGAAAAUGAGAAAGUUGCUAAAGAACAAGAAAUUGCCAGCGAAGAGGAGGCCAAAGUUAAAGUUAUAGAAGAAGACGUAACAAUUAAGGCUAAAACUUGUCAAGAUGAUCUGAUGAAAGCAGAACCAGCUCUGAUAGCAGCUCAAGCUGCUCUGAAUACGUUGAACAAAAAUAACCUCACAGAAUUGAAAUCAUUUGGAACUCCUCCAGAUGCUGUUGUGAUUGUGUGUGCGGCUGUAUUAGUUUUAUUUUCUAAGAAAGGUAAGAUACCGAAAGAUCGAGGUUGGAAAGAAUGCAAAACUAUCAUGGCAAAAGUGGACCAAUUUCUGAACGAUCUCAUCAACUAUGACAAGGAUAACAUAUCGCCAGAUGUCAUCAAGGCUGUUCUAGAAUAUACGAAAUUACCAGAUUUUACUCCUGAAAAAAUUAUAAGCAAAUCAUUCGCAGCUGCAGGUCUGUGUGCUUGGGUCAUAAAUAUUGUGAAAUACUACGAAGUAUUUGUUGUAGUGGAACCGAAGAGAAAGGCCUUAGCUGCUGCUAAUAGAGAUCUAGCAGAAGCGCGAGGAAAACUAGCUGACUUGAAUGAAAAAUUGACUGAAUUGGAGAGGCAAUUAUCGAUAUUGAAAGAGGGCUAUGAUGAAGCUAUCAAUGCCAAGCUCAAGUGUCAAGCAGAAGCUGACGAGACAGCGCAAAAAAUUGAUAUAGCUAAUCGACUCGUGGGUGGUUUGGCUUCAGAAAACGUCAGAUGGAAAGAACUUGUGAAGAUGUAUAAUGAAUCAACGGUGACAUUACCGGGAGACACAUUGAUGGUUACAGCGUUCAUUUCAUAUGUAGGGUGUUUCACAAAAAAAUAUCGCACUGAUCUGAUGUAUAAAUAUUGGAAACCAUUUCUUUCUACUUUGGCAGUUCCAAUACCCAUGACGGAAGGACUUGAUCCCUUGUCACUUUUGACAGAUGAUGCGAAAAUUGCCCAGUGGAAUAAUGAAGGGUUGCCAACCGAUCGCAUGUCAACUGAGAAUGCGUGUAUCCUGAGUAACUCUUCUAGGUGGCCAUUGAUGAUUGACCCUCAACUACAAGGUAUUAAGUGGAUCAAAACUAGAUAUGGAGAUGCAUUAAAAGUUGUGAGACUUACACAAAGAACUUACCUGGAUACAAUUGAAAAAUGUAUUUCUGAGGGCUUGGUAGUUUUGCUAGAGAAUAUUGGAGAGAAUAUAGAUGCUGUUCUGGAUCCAGUGCUUGGGAGGGUAUUGAUCAAGAAAGGACGAUGUAUCAAAAUUGGAGACAAAGAAGUGGAUUACAAUCCAAACUUCAGGAUGAUUAUUCAUACUAAGCUCGCAAAUCCGCACUAUAAACCUGAAAUUCAAGCUCAAACUACUCUUAUCAACUUCACUGUGACUAGGGAUGGUUUGGAAGAACAAUUGUUAGCAGAAGUUGUGAAAGCUGAAAGACCAGAUCUUGAAACACUCAAAUCUUCUUUAACCAAACAACAGAAUGAUUUCAAAAUCACUUUGAAAACUUGUGAGGCUAACUUGUUAUAUAGAUUAUCUUCAGCAGAAGGUAAUAUACUAGAAGAUAUAGAACUUGUUAUCAAUUUGGAAACUACUAAGAAAACAGCAAAUGAAAUAGCAGUGAAGGUAGAAGAAGCGAAAAUAACCUCCGUCAAAAUAGACGAAGCAAGGGAGCAUUAUCGACCUUGUGCAGCACGAGCUUCCCUUCUAUACUUUAUUCUCAAUGAUUUGAAUAGGAUAAAUGCAAUUUAUCAAUUUUCUCUGAAAGCAUUCAGCGUUGUAUUCAAAGAUGCUCUAUCUAAGGCAUUACCAGGAGAAAAACUCAAAGAUAGGGUAAUCAACCUACUCGACAGUAUAACGUUUUCUGUUUUCAUGUAUACAUCACGUGGACUUUUCGAGAAAGAUAAGCUGAUAUUCACUGCUCAAAUGGCAUUCCAAAUACUUUUGCAGCUUGCGGAAAUCGAACCAGAAGAACUAGAUUUCCUUUUGAGAUUUCCAGCCAUAGCUAAUCUCACGUCACCCGUAGAUUUUUUGAACAAUAUAUGUUGGGGAGGUAUCAAAGCUUUAUCAUUGAUGGAUGAGUUCAAGAGCUUAGACAAAGAUUUGGAGGGUUCUGCUAAGAGGUGGAGAAAGUUCGUUGAUAGUGAAUGUCCUGAAAAAGAAAAGUUCCCUGGUGAAUGGAAGAACAAAACUACUCUUCAGAGGCUGUGUAUAAUGCGUUGUUUGAGGCCAGAUAGGAUGACUUAUGCUGUAAGCGUAUUUAUUGAUGAAAAAAUGGGGACGAAGUUUGUCACAGCACGAAGUGUUGAAUUUGAGAAAUCCUAUGAAGAAUCCAGUUCUUCAACACCUACAUUCUUCAUAUUAUCACCUGGUGUCAAUCCGCUGAAAGAUGUCGAGAGGUUAGGAAAGAAGCUUGGGUUCAUGUUUGACAAAGGCAAUUUUCACAGUGUGUCUCUGGGACAAGGGCAAGAAAUAGUUGCCGAAAAUGCUAUGGAUUUGGCAUCGGUAGAAGGACAUUGGGUCAUCCUUCAAAAUAUACAUUUGGUUCAGAAAUGGUUGGCUACACUAGAGAAAAAGAUGGAACAAUGUAGUGAUAGUGCUCAAGAGAACUACAGGUUAUAUCUGAGUGCUGAACCUUCUGCAGAUCCUCACGAAUGUGUCAUACCUCAAGGCAUUCUGGAAUCCUCAAUCAAAAUCACGAAUGAGCCUCCAACUGGAAUGUUCGCGAAUUUACAUAAAGCCCUUGAUAAUUUCAAUCAGGAAACAUUGGAAAUGUCGGGCAAGGAGGCAGAAUUCAAGGCUAUCCUAUUUGCUCUCUGCUAUUUUCAUGCAGUGGUGGCUGAGAGGAGGAAAUUUGGGCCCCAAGGAUGGAAUAGAAACUAUCCAUUCAAUGUCGGAGAUUUGACCAUCAGUGUCAGUGUUUUGUUCAACUACUUAGAGAACAAUCCGAAGGUUCCAUGGGAAGACUUACGCUACCUCUUUGGAGAAAUCAUGUACGGCGGUCACAUCACCGACGACUGGGAUCGCAGGCUAUGUCGCAGUUAUCUUCUCAGCUACAUGCAACCGGAACUCGUCGAGGGUGAGCUUCAGUAUGCUAACGGUUUCCAGGCGCCUCCCAACACUGACUACUUGGGCUACCAUCGCUACAUCGACGACAGACUGCCGCCUGAGAGUCCCUACUUGUAUGGGCUACACCCCAACGCCGAGAUUGGCUUUCUCGCAAAUACUUCCGAGGUCAUGUUCAGGACGAUUUUCGAGAUGCAACCAAGAGAUGCAGGUGCAGCAGCUGGAGCAGGGAUGUCGAGGGAAGAAAAGGUUAGGAGUGCUCUUGAAGAAAUCAUGGACAAAUUGCCAGAAAGGUUUCCCGUACAAGAAAUGAUGGCUAAGGUUGAAGACAGAUCCCCAUACAUAAUAGUAGCGUUUCAAGAAUGUGACAGAAUGAAUACUCUGACUUCAGAAAUGAAGAGGUCUCUACAUGAACUAGAUUUAGGAUUGAAAGGUGAGUUGACCAUCACUUCAGAUAUGGAGAGCCUCGAACAGUCCAUAUUCAUGGACCAAGUUGCCGACUCUUGGUCGGCUAAAGCGUACCCCAGCCUACUACCUCUGGCCCAAUGGGUGGGAGACCUGUCUUUGAGGAUCAAAGAGCUAGAGGGAUGGACAACAGAUUUCUCCAUGCCGGCAACAGUAUGGCUAGGUGGAUUCUUUAAUCCACAGUCAUUCCUGACGGCAAUCAUGCAGCAAACUGCACGAAAAAAUGAGUGGCCUCUGGACAAAAUGUGUCUGAUGACGGAUGUGACAAAGAAACAGAAGGAGGAUUUCAAUGCGGCUCCCAGAGAGGGAGCUUAUGUUUAUGGGCUUUUCAUGGAAGGAGCUAGGUGGGACAUUCAAUUGAAUAGCUUGGCAGACUCGAAAUUGAAAGAGCUCUUCCCAGUGGUUCCCGUUAUCUUCAUCAAAGCAAUCACGCAGGACAAACAAGACCUGAGGAACAUGUACGACUGUCCUGUGUAUAAAACGAGGAUGAGAGGCCCGACUUUCGUGUGGACAUUCAAUUUGAAAACCAAGGAAAAGGCGCUGAAGUGGGUGUUAGCUGGAGUAGCUAUAUUGUUGCAGAUUUAGCGUUAAAUACUGUUGAUACUGAUUAUUUUAUCGAAUUAAAGUUGAUAUGUUUGAGAUUACAGAAAAUGUAUUAGGAA